UUAAUUUCAUUUCAUAAUAUGAAUUUAUAUGAUAUAAUGAUAUGAUGAUAAUAAAGAAGUGAAUGAUGACCCUUCUUUGUCUUCUUACUUUCUUCAUCAACUCUCUUCACAACCCCUAAAACCCAUUUCAACACACUCAUUUUUUUCACCAAUUUUAUUUUUCAUUCUUAUUUCUUUCUAUUAAAUCAUCACAUAUUGAAUCAAAAUUUCAGCAAAGAAAAAAAAAUAUAUAAAAAAAUUUCCCCUUUUGUGAAUUUUGAUCCAUCUGGGCACCGACAAAAUUCGAUCUUUUUUCUGUGCCCAGAUCACUUCAAAUUCAAAGUUCCAAUCUUUUCAAGUUUUUGAUUAAUGGGUCGAUUCAAUUUCGGUUAAUUAUUGAUGGGUUUGAUCUAAAAAAUUGAAUUUUUGCGAUUUCGUUACUUUUUUGUUUCUGUGUGUGAUUUUGAAAUGGUCUAUUUCCAUAGCUCAAUCUCUCUUUGUAACUCCUUUGAUCAACCUCAAGUUCCUUCGAUGUCGAAUUCGAUCGAUUUAAAUCGAUCGAAAUCGAGACAAGCUAAUAACUUUCAAAGGAAUCGUAGGAACAUAAGUUCAUCAUCAAAUUCUCUUCAGAUUCCACCUUGUGAUAAAUCUAGAUCAGCUAUGGUUGAUGUUGUUAUGUUCAUUGCUGUUGUUUCAUCUUGUGGUUUUUUGUUCUUCCCUUACAUUGAACUUAUAGUGAUUAAAUCAAUUAUGAUUAUAAAAGUUGUGUUGAUUUUGAUCAAAGAAGAGGUUUCUAUUGCACCUUCAAUUUAUAUAUCUAUAGGUUUAAGUGUUUUUUGUGCUGCAUUUGCUACUUGGUGUGUUGUUGUUUGCACAAGUAAUAAAUGUGGGAAACCAAAUUGUAAGGGUUUGAAAAAAGCUGCUGAAUUUGAUAUUCAAUUGGAGACUGAAGAUUGUGUUAAGAAUUCUUCACCAUCUUUUGGUGGUGUUCAUAAGAAGGGUUUAUUCGAAUUACCGCGCGAUCAUCAUAAGGAACUUGAAGCUGAACUCAAGAAGAUGGCACCACCUAAUGGAAGAGCUGUGCUUGUUUUGAGAGCUAGGUGUGGAUGUUCUGUUGGUAGGUUAGAAGUUCCGGGACCGAAGAAACAUCGGAAGAUCAAGAAGUAGGUGACAUCAGAGAAGGCGACGCGACAUAACACAAUACAACACAACAACAUCAUUUUGAAGAAAGGAAAUGAAAAUUGAAUGAGUUAUAGAAUGUGUAAUUUGUCCUUUUGGAAGAGAAAUGGUUUUUUUCAUUCUAUUAGGAACUAUGAUGCUUUUAAAUAAGCCCCUUGGCAAUAAGUUGUAAGGAACUAUGGAUCACACACACACAUUUAGUUGGUUAUACUUGAGAAUAUAAAAAAAACAUUGAUUUGAAAUUUAGUUCUUUAGAAUUCAAGAUUUAUGAUUCUUAACAAUUUUUGCUCAAGGUUUCUGAAUUCCAUUGU